UGGAAGUAAGAAGUUUGAAAUGUCUAGGUAGGUAAUCUCGGCCCGAAGUUCUGGAGGAAAGGGAUCCCUACUGUGUGUAGUAACACAACCUUCCGCGCGUCAGGGUGUUGCUCCGAGUCAGACCAAACGUUGCUGCGUGCUUUCAAACAUAAUGUACCUAGGUAGCGCUGUGUUCUUCAAUCCUUCUUCUCCAUCCACCAUCAAACACUUGCUAGCCCGAGCUACUCAACAGCAACAUGUUGCCUCGCGUUAUCUGGACCAGAAUUCCCCUCGUCAGACAUUCAGAAUUGACCUUUUCAUUGCGGUACUCUAUCGCGGCGAGAACUCCUCCCAUCUCCUCAAUCGGCAUCAAGGCGCCCUCGCAAGCACGCCUCAAUUUUGCCACCACGACAACGCGAUUCUUGACAGACGCCGACAGGGCGCGUGAGAGGGCGUACAAAGAGGCGUUCGUCAAAGCCUUGGACCAGCUUCCCCUAAACGACCCCGACCGCAUCCGGAAAGCCUUUACCGCAGCCGGGGAGGCCCACCCCAUCCACCCGGCCGUUCAUCGACUCCAUUUGAACGUGCAGAAAAUCGACGACGGGUUCGACGGGAUCGAGGAGGCGCUCAGCGACCGGAACCUCAAGGCCGACGCGCCCUGGGGGAUGGCUCUGUACCGCACCGCGUACGGCGACGAGGCUGCGUGGCGGCACAUGGUUGCCAGAAUCAAGGGCAGCAUGGAAAGGUCGGUGAUGGGUUGGGACGACAUACGCGCGCGGCACCAGCUGGUCGUCAUGGACGACCGCUCACAGUUCGAUGGGGCGACCAUCGACCAGGUCCGCACGCAUUUUCGCGCGUGGUCGCUGGAGGAGCUGAAGCGCAAUUGGCGACACCCACCUCUACCGGAGGAGGAGCUCGCCAAAAUUGAGGCCAGUACCUUUGGGCCAGACGAGGGUGCGGGGUUGCGAUACAACUACUGUUUGGUGGUCGAUGAUCUGUGUCUCGAGUCUGUUGAGAGGAUGCGUAGCCCAGUGUUGAAGUUGGUCGAUAAGGGCUGGAAACCUUACGAUCCCGACGAGUUACCGAUGACGGAUGAAAGUGAAGAGGAUGAAAACCCUGGCUGGGAAGGGGGGGUCACGAACAGCGAGUACGAGUGGGUGGGUUGGAUGUACAUAGAUACGAACGACUACGUUGAGAUUCAGGACUUGUUGCAGGAAAGCUGUUGGUGGCCUGACAUGUAUGUGCGGCCACCUCUCAUGCGGGGGGGGUGAAGUUUGGACUCUAGAUACAUUUAAACGGAUGCCGGGAUUUUGGCGGAGGAACGGGCAAUCGUCGAACUAGCGACUUACUAGCAGUUUGUUUAAUAUCCAUCCUCCCGUUUGUUUGCGUGGUGCCUGUGUUUCUACCUACCAGGUAGGUAGCACG